UAUAGGCUACGCUGGUGGCUGUAACUCUUUCAAGUGUGCAAAAGUCGCUCAAACAUAUUAACAAACAAUAACUACCAGCACGUUGGCAAUAAACGUCAUACCCCAAAAUGUAUCGACUUUCCAAAGCCACGCAGAGGCCACGUCAGCUGCCCAAGAUGUGCACACUAUAUGACAUCCGUCAAACACCACCCGCCCGUUUGUUUAGAUGAAGGUGUGGUGGGUAUGCCAAUCAUCAAGGAACUGGAACGGCACUUUAUCCGAAUUUAGGAUACAAUUAUUCAUGCAAGUUUAUUCGUCCUCUGUUGAAGAAAUCUAGACGGCUUCGUUGAAUUAGAAGGACGGUGUCUCUUUCAUGGCUCAUGUUCGAUACUCAGGAAAGACCUCUGUUGACGUGGCCGGCAACUUCUCCAUGGUGCUUGGUCGACAGCUAUGUGUCAACGGGACCCCGUGGAUUCUCUUCUUAUUCGAAGAAUGCGUUGAAAACAAAUGGGAGUAUUGGAGUGUGGUUAUCGGCCUUAUCUCAAUGCUGUGCUUCUUGUUCUCAACAUUACCGCAAGUGUAUGAGGCCUAUAAGAGUGGGAAGGUGGAUGAAGCUAUGUCUGUCGGCUUCCUUCUCUUCCUUCUGGGUGGAGAUGUGAGCAAUUUUGCGGGAUGUCUUUUAACCAGCCAACUACCCAUUCAGAUUGUUACAGCUGUGUUCUACAUCUACACUGACUCCAUCCUGAUCUCUCAGUAUCUGUACUACAAAAUAAAAAACAACUCAGCUCGCAGGAAGACUCUACUAAGGUUGGUCUGCUUGAUUUGGUUCGGAGUUGGCACCGCUGUUUGUGUGGUGCUGCCCAAACUCGUGGAGGAGACCAGUGCUAUCCCCAAUUUACAAUUGCAGGGCAAGUCUAGCGGCCUGAUGACAUCGGGCUACGCCUGUGGAUACCUGUCCUCCAUAUGCUACCUCUCUUCUCGUUUCCCUCAGCUCCACAUAAAUUAUAAGAGGCAGUCCACCGAAGGCACGUCUUACAUGCUGUUCUUCCUGGCCAUGCUGGGGAACGGCACCUACGGCCUGAGCCUCAUGGUCAUGCUCCCCGCCCUGAAGGGCUCCAAGAGCACCUUCAUACUCAACCACCUGGCCUGGCUCAUUGGUAGCCUGGGAGUUUUUUUCCUUGACUUCUUUGUAACAGCUCAGUUUAUCAUGUACAGAAAGAAUCGCUCCAGUGAAGCAGUUCAGGAUAUGAAAGCUGCAGAAGAAGAACCUCUUCUGUUUGAGGAGGAGUGUGAGAUGUCCCUCAAAAUGUCUGAGAUGUGAGUUAGGAGGAAAUGUACCAGAGCAUUCCAGAAAGAUCUGAAACACUGAUAAGGAAAAGUGGGAACUGUAAUAUAGAUUUAUGUCUAGUUGCUCUUGAAGAGUGUUUUUGUUGUUGGGAAUCAAUGGUGGGAAUAGAACAAAUGGAGAAUUGGGAUAUUAGGAAUAGAACAAAUGGAGAAUUGGGAUCUUUUUUUAUAGCAAGUCAAUGAGAUUGGGACAAUGUGUGCAGGGUGUUUGGUUUACUUUAUACUCUUUGUUUCAGUGCCACACUCAAGGCUGGUUUUGUGUUCUAGCUUUAGAACGCAUUCGGGGUGCAAUGUGUACCCGUCCGAGCAGUAUCAGCCAUGUUGAGAUUACUUGUUAAUUUAUUUUAUGGGGUGACAUCUGUUUUGAGUUGACAGGCAAAACUUCAAAUAAGGAAUUACUUCAUUUUCGAGGCAUGUGUGAUAUUUACCGCUGCGGGUUCUUGCCUGGAAGUGCCUCUAACUGUGAUAGUUAUUAAGCUAGGGAGUACAGUGUUGCUGUAACAGACAAACUGAAGUUAUGUUCAUGAUGCUUUGCUGAAAUGACUUUCGAGGUGGACUUGUUCCAAAGCCACAUGAGCUGAACCCUUCAGGCGAAUCAUUAUUGAUGUGUACUUCAAGAAUGUGUCAUAAUUGAUGCCUCGUGAAAGUAACAGACCUGACUCUGUCUGUGAUGCAGGCUUCAUCUUGGGGAGGUUUCAUCCCGUUACCCAUUACUGUGUGUGUGUGUGUGUGUGUGUGUGUGUGUGUGUGUGCAUGAGUGCAUGCACAUAUUCCACUUUGUGUUUAUAAAACAGGAAAGUUAGGGAAAUAUUGCUUAUGUGGUGCCUGUUUAAACAUCACUAUGGCUUAAGAGAGGUCUUUCGAAACAAAGCCCUACCGAAUACAAUUUUAACUUUAGGUAUUAAUGACAGUUAAUGUCCAACUUCUUGGACCACGGUUAUGCAUAAGUAUCUUGGGCUACACAUCUUUUCGAAUGAACACACAAAGAUACCAUCAUGACAAGUGACUGUGAGAGCUGACUCAUUUCCCAAGUCCAUGCUUUAUCAAAGAUAUAUUAACAUCUAAACUAAAUCUAAACAGAUAUCACUCUGAUCAUUGCACACUUCCACAAUGAACUUUCUCAUGACAUUCUUGGGGUGAGUUGGGUACCUUUGUUCUCCCACCUCGUGGCGUUCUUUUCUUCCCCCUGUGCCUUUGUCUUCUGAUGUCAAAUUCUACAGGUAACUCUUGCCUGGUGCCGAUUGUGUGUGGUGGUCCUUGUCCCAUGUAGUUGUGUCUUAUUUGGGUUGUGGACUGAACGUUUCUUUAAAGGAACUCCAUGGAAUACAUUUAUAUAUACACUCUUAGAGCCUCAGUAAAAUGAAAAGUGUGUUCGUACAAGAGGUACACUGAGGUGCUCCUAUUAUGAUGCGUAUCAUAUUAGUGAACAUGAACUAUAUGUAUUUUAUGUUCCCCCCUAGAUGUUCUGAUUUAGUAAGCGUUGAGUUGUCGAGAGGGAGAUCUGUCGUACCCCUUUGCCUCUCACACAUUCAGAUUGUGCUGAGCCAUACCCCCUGUCAAGUCUGUGGCUGUUGACUAUGCAAGAAUGUCUGUGAAGUCACUAACAUUUCUCUACCUCAUCUCCCAGAAUAGAUGACAUUGAUUGAAUGGUUGUGAUUAAUGACAAUGUGUGUGGGAUUAUUUGUUUUCUUACUUAAUGUGUGUGUGUGUUUUUUCAAUAACCUCAUUUGUUAUUUCAAAAUCAUAAUUAUGUGAAUCUGAAUUCAUUAUAGUGGGGAAGUUUAUAAUCUUAUAAUACUCUUUUUUGUACAGUUUGUGUUACAUUUGGACUUAAACAUUGAAUUUAGCCCUUAGUUGUUUUCUAGUCGUUAGGAUUAAAUGGCUUUUAUCUUUUUAAUCUUUUCAAGAUCAUUUCAAAUACUUUUGUGAUGAUAAACAGUUUACCUUCUGUCAAUAUUCUAUUACAUUAUACUUAUACUACUCCUAAGGGACUACACGGAUGAAAUAACAAAUUCCUAGCAGAGUUAACAAUUGUAUUUAUUUUUCACUAGACAUAUGUUUGUACUUGAACAAGGAAACACUGUAUUUUUGCCUCAUAAUUACAAGUUGAAGAUGUGUAUUUAUAAUAAUAAUUUAAUGGUACAAUAUAUUUGUUACCAUGUUAAACUUGUGAAUACAAAAGUCUUGUUAGACGUGGGGGUUUUAUAAGUUAUUGGAACACAGUUGUUUUAGUCACUUAAAUCUGUUGUGUAUCCCUUUAGUUCAGAUUUAUCAGUGCUUCCAAACAUCUCAAUAAAGUGCAAUAUUUAUGUGCAACAUCUUUUGCAUCUGUGCAAUUCAAAUAAAUUUAAAUGAAUUUUCUCUA